AUGAGUCAACCAACAUCCUACCAGGUGCCGGAUGAUCGGCUGGACAAGCUGGCUUCUUUGGCCAACUCCGAAAAAGUUAUCAACGAGAUGAUUGAGUACGUCGACAUCGCGGGACUUGUAAGGGGUGCCUCGAAAGGAGAGGGCCUGGGCAACCAGUUCCUGGGAAACAUCCGCAAUACAGAUGCAAUCGUUCACGUCAUUCGAUGCUUCGAUGAUGAGAAUGUUACACAUGUGGAUGGUAGCGUCGACCCUGUGCGAGACAUAGAAACUAUCAGCCUGGAGCUCAUCUUUGCAGAUGCCGAUCAGUGCGAGAAGCGUCUGAAGAAGGUGGAGCGGGAGGUGGUUGGACAGGUCAAAGGCGCUAAGGAAGAAAAGGAGGCUUUGCAGAAAGUCCUCAAAGUGCUUGAGGAGGGCAAGCCGGCCCGUGCAGCAAAGCUCUCGGAGAAGGAAGAGUUGGCCCUCCAGGAUUUGUCCUUGCUUUCCAUGAAGCCGGUGAUCUACGCGGCCAACGUCUCCGAGGAGGAAUUGGCAGCAGGCAACGAGUACGUGAAGGCAGUACAGGAUUUUGCGAAAGAGACCGGCGAUCAAGUGGUGGUUGUUUCAGCUCAGGUUGAGGCUGAAUUGAAGUCUUUGGAUGCAGAGGCGGUUCAAGAUUAUUUGGAAUUCCUGGGAGUCAAGGAGAGUGGCUGCGGCAGCUUGGUUCAGGCAACAUACAGGACGCUCGGCCUGCGUACUUAUUUCACUUGUGGCCCAAAGGAGACGCGGGCGUGGACCAUCCAUGCUGGCUGGAAAGCUCCAAAGGCUGCUGGUGUCAUACACACAGAUUUCGAGAAGGGCUUCAUCAAGGCAGCGACAGUCAGUUAUGAUGACUUCGUAGAAUGCGGCUCAGAAGAGGCCGCCAAAGACAAGGGCAAACUUCGCAUUGAAGGAAAAGAGUACGAGGUACAGGAAGCUGACGUGAUGCACUUCCGUUUCAAUUGA